GAACUCGGUGGGGGCCGGAGCAACAAGCGGAGCGCGGGGAACCGGGCCGUCACCGAAGAAGAAACGAAAAACAAACCUAAAUUGAACAUUCAAAUAAAAACUUUGGCAGAUGAUGUGCGUGACCGAAUUACAAGUUUUAGAAAAUCUACUGUCAAAAAAGAAAAACCUCUUAUUCAACAUCCUAUUGAUUCUCAAGUCGCAAUGAGUGAGUUUCCAGCAGCUCAACCAUUAUAUGAUGAACGAUCUUUGAAUUUGUCAGAAAAGGAAGUACUGGAUCUCUUUGAAAAAAUGAUGGAGGACAUGAACCUUAAUGAAGAGAAAAAAGCUCCUUUGCGAAACAAAGAUUUCACCACCAAGCGUGAGAUGGUUGGCCAGUACAUUUCUGCUACUGCCAAAUCUGGUGGACUGAAAAACAGCAAACAUGAAUGCACACUGUCAUCACAAGAAUAUGUUCAUGAAUUACGAUCUGGUAUUUCAGAUGAGAAACUUCUUAACUUCCUAGAAUCCCUGAGGGUUUCUUUAACCAGCAAUCCUGUCAGCUGGGUUAACAACUUUGGCCAUGAAGGUCUUGGACUCCUACUGGAUGUGCUGGAUAAGCUUCUGGACAAAAAAAAGCAAGAAAAUAUUGACAAGAAGAACCAGUAUAAACUUAUUCAGUGCCUUAAAGCAUUUAUGAAUAAUAAGUUUGGAUUGCAAAGGAUUCUAGAAGAUGAAAGAAGUCUUUUACUAUUGGCAAGAGCAAUUGACCCCAAACAACCCAACAUGAUGACUGAAAUAGUGAAAAUACUUUCUGCUAUUUGCAUUGUUGGAGAAGAGAACAUUCUAGAUAAACUUUUAGGGGCUAUCACUACAGCAGCAGAAAGAAAUAACAGGGAACGAUUUUCACCAAUCGUGGAGGGAUUAGAAAAUCAUGAAGCUUUGCAAUUACAGGUGGCCUGCAUGCAAUUUAUAAAUGCCCUUGUCACCUCUCCUUAUGAGCUUGACUUUCGAAUACAUUUAAGGAAUGAAUUCCUGCGUUCGGGACUGAAAACAAUGUUACCAGAUCUAAAAGAAAAGGAGAAUGAUGAGCUUGAUAUUCAGUUGAGAAUGUUUGAUGAGAACAAAGAGGAUGACCUAACUGAAUUAUCACAUCGUCUGAAUGACAUUCGAGCAGAAAUGGAUGAUAUGAAUGAAGUGUACCACCUUCUGUAUAAUAUGUUAAAGGACACUGCUGCUGAAAAUUACUUAUUAUCCAUCCUACAACAUUUUUUGCUCAUCAGAAAUGAUUAUUAUAUCAGGCCACAAUAUUAUAAAAUAAUUGAAGAAUGUGUUUCUCAGAUAGUGCUGCACUGCAGUGGUAUGGACCCAGACUUCAAGUAUAGGCAGAGAUUAGACAUUGAUUUUACUCAUCUGAUAGAUUCUUGUGUGAACAAAGCAAAAGUUGAAGAAAGUGAACAAAAAGCAGUGGAAUUUUCAAAGAAGUUCGAUGAAGAAUUCACAGCUCGACAGGAAGCUCAAGCAGAGCUUCAAAAAAGAGAGGAAAAAAUCAAAGAACUUGAAACAGAAAUCCAGCAACUUCGAACCCAGGCACUCUCAAGUUCAACAAUUCCAGGCCCUCCUCCACCACCUCCACUGCCAGGUGUUGUACCUCCUCCACCACCACCUCCACCAGCACCACCUCUACCUGGAGGAGCACCUCCUCCUCCUCCUCCACCACCUCCUUUGCAAGGAAUGACUGGUGUUCCACCACCACCACCUUUUUUGGGGGGACCUCCCCCACCACCACCCCUUGGAGGAGUUCCUCCUCCCCCAGGAGCAUCAGUGGAACUGCCUUAUGGAAUGAAGCAGAAAAAAGUAUAUAAACCAGAAGUGUCCAUGAAGAGAAUCAACUGGGCAAAGAUUGAGCCGAAAGAAUUGUCUGAGAACUGUUUCUGGUUAAAAGUUAAAGAAGACAAGUUUGAGAAUCCAGAUCUCUUUGCAAAAUUGGCACUGAAUUUUACUACUCAGAUGAAAGUUCAAAAGAAUGUAGAAGCUUCAGAAGAGAAGAAGACUGUGCCUACAAAGAAGAAAGUGAAAGAAUUGUGACUUUUGGAUCCGAAAACAGCCCAGAAUCUGUCUAUCUUCCUGGGAUCAUAUCGCAUGCCAUAUGAAGAAAUAAAAAACAUUAUUCUGGAGGUUAAUGAAGAUAUGCUGAGUGAAGCCUUAAUUCAGAACCUCAUAAAGCAUCUUCCUGAACAGAAGGUACUCAAUGAGUUAGCACAACUCAAGAAUGAAUAUGAUGACCUCUGUGAGCCUGAGCAAUUUGGAGUUGUGAUGAGUUCAGUGAAAAUGUUACGCCCACGUCUCAACAGCAUUCUUUUCAAGCUCACGUUUGAAGAGCAUGUAAACAACAUCAAACCAAGCAUCAUAGCAGUAACUCUUGCCUGUGAAGAACUGAAGAAAAGUGAAAGCUUUAACAGACUUUUAGAGUUUAUUCUUUUGGUCGGAAACUACAUGAACUCAGGUUCAAGAAAUGCCCAGUCUUUGGGAUUUAAGAUCAACUUCCUCUGUAAGAACAGAGAUACUAAAUCAGCAGAUCAAAAAACAACCCUUUUGCAUUUUAUUGCUGAAAUAUGUGAGGAAAAAUAUGGGGAUAUCUUGAAAUUUCCUGAAGAACUGGAGCAUGUAGAAAGCGCAAGUAAAGUUUCAGCUCAAAUUCUCAAGAGCAACCUAGCAGCAAUGGAACAACAAAUUGUUCAUCUGGAACGUGACAUCAAGAAAUUCCCCCAAGCAGAAAGUCAACCUGAUAAGUUUGUGGAAAAGAUGAAGAGCUUUACAAAGACUGCCAGAGACCAAUAUGAAAAACUGUACACCAUGUACAACAACAUGCUAAAACUCUAUGAGAGUCUUGGAGAAUACUUCAUUUUUGACUCUAAGACUGUGAGCAUCGAAGAGUUUUUUGGUGAUCUCAGCAACUUCCGAACUUUGUUUUUGGAAGCAGUGAAAGAAAACAAUAAGAGAAGAGAAAUGGAAGAGAAGACUAAGAGGGCAAAACUUGCAAAAGAGAAAGCUGAACAAGAAAAGUUGGAACGCCAGAAGAAAAAGAAACAACUCAUUGACAUAAACAAAGAGGGUGAUGAGACUGGCGUGAUGGAUAAUCUUCUAGAGGCCCUACAAUCCGGUGCAGCAUUCCGAGACCGCAGAAAGCGGAUUCCAAGGAAUCCAGAUAACAGACGAGUACCUUUGGAAAGGUCACGCUCUCGCCACAAUGGAGCUAUCUCAUCCAAGUGAUUCCUGAUGCCAAAGAAUAUGAAAAUAUUUAAGUAAACAAAAUCAUACCUUUUGAGAAGAACAAAACCUGCACUCAAGGGAUGGAACAGAAAUAAGUGCAUUUCUGCAAAGAUCAAGCUAAUCCUAAUGAAGUAGUGUUCAUUUGUAUAUCUAUUGCAAGAUACCUCCCACAAUUAUCCUAAUCUGAACACAGUUAUCAGGCUUAUAAAACAUGUGUUCCAUUUUAGUGUAAAGAUAUGUAUUCUUUGUUAAUUGUAUGUGACCUGACUAUGAUGAUGAAAGUGUGAGAAAUCGAAGUGUUCUAAAGCUUUCAAAAACACUCAGUCCAUCAAAAAUUUUAAAUCUUAAAUUAAUACAUCAUUCCCCCACCAAAAAAGGAAUUGAAGAAAAAGAAUAGAAAGGUAGAUUUAUUUAACAUCUGCUUUUGCUUCCAAUUCCUGUUAGAGUAGAAAGAUAAAAGGCCAAACACAAUGUGCAUGUAAAUGAUGUGAGAAAUCACUAAUAUUGCAUACACUGUAAAAGAAGCCAUUUUGGACAUCUAAAAAAGUGCUGCUCUGUCCUAGUCAAGUUAUUUAGAACCUUAUUUCAACUGAAAGCUGAGGGAUUCAUCUGGUCUGGCUGAAAUUAUACUUACCACUAGUCUAGUGUUUCAGCAUGAUAUUGCAGGCACUUAUCAUUGCUAAAAAUAAACCAAAGUUGAAUAGAAUCAGUUAGAGAAAGUGAUUUAAAUGUUAUUUAAAGAGGUAUUUUCUAAUGAUGCACAGAUAUCUACUUUAUACAAAUACUUUAUAUGGCUAUUUUUGAGGAAAACCUUGCUUUUUAAUGUCUAGGCUAGGGAUAGACCUGAAAAUUCCGCUACCUUUAUUUAGAUUUUAAAGGCACACAUUGCUUCUUAUGCUUUUUGGUUUAUUUCUUCUCCCUAUUGCUUCUUUCUCCCUUGACCCCCUUUGAAGGUAGAGAAAAGAGUUCUAGAAGGCCUGAGAAGAAAAAAAUUUUGUUCUGUGGGAGGCAGCAGAAAACUGUCUGAAAGGUCAAUUGUUUUAUCUCCCUUUCUACUCCCCCUUUCCAAUUCUACUUUGAGAGUCUGAAGAAAAAGAAGUUCUUUGUAUGUAUGUAUAUAUAUAUGUGUAUAUAUUUAUCUCUUGCUACAGUAAUUUCCAUAUUCCAGUAACUAAGUGAACUUCUCAAUCAUCAUCAUACUUAUCUUAUAUUAACAAAUUAAAAUGAUGCUGCCAAAACAACUCUAGGUAGAAAAACAGGCUCUACAUUUUUUAAAUAGAUGAGGGAGCAGAAGUUACACUUAACUUGUCUAUUAUUUUAAAAUAUGCACUAAAAUAAUGGGGUAUAACUUCUCUAGAGUGUGAUUUUAAGACUAAUUCAUGCAGAUGAUUGUGAUUAUUAUAAAAGAUUUCUUAUAUGUAUAUUUCUCAGUAGAAAAUCCUUUUCUACUUUUCCAAAGCACAUGAUAGACAUUCAGAGAAAAGAAGAAAUGACUGGUUUGGCAAGUCACCAUCCGAGAUAAUGUAAACAAUGACCAAUAGCUAACAGAUUCCUUUAUAUAGAUGUAUUGAUAUAAUGAUUCAAACUGCUGCCUUUUCCUCCAGUGCAUUCUUACUUGGGUGUUACACUUCAAGAAGCUCUGAAGCUGCUAUAAUAGAGAAAUCAGAAAGAGUAAUAGUAUCUAAGAUUUUACAGUUUUAUCUUAUCUGAACACACACACUUACACACGCGUGUUUAAGGGACCUAGCAAUUUCACACACUAUUUUUUAACAACAAAAGUUUAGGUUCUAAUUAAUGUAAAUACCUAAUGUGUGUAUUUUUGAAUUUACAAAGUCUUUUCUGAAAUACUCAUGGCAUGGCUUCUUUGAGUCUUUUGAUAGCUUUGCAGGCUAUAGGAAAAUGAUUUAGAACUAUUAAUGCUGACUAACAUUUGGGGGCAUUUGCCAUACCAUAUUAUCAAGCUGGUCAAGGUAGAAAUACUGAUGUGUAUCACCUUUUCCAGAUGUGAACUUGCCUUAUUUUCUAGUUUGUGAACAACAAUGAAGUAUUAUUAUUGAUAAAUUAUAUGUUUUUACUUAGAACAAUCCCACUUGCUUUUCAUAAACAUCGAAAAAUCUUUCAGGGUCUUUCAUGUAAUUCCAAUAAUUAGGUUAAAGAGUUUAUUUCCCAGAGUUACAAUGGUCCUGCUCUAGACAUUUGCAGUUUUGUUUAGACUGAAAGUAUCACACAAAAAAAGUACAUAGUGGUAUAUUUAGUGAAGACCCAAAUUAUACUGAAAUCUUUUCUUGGGUUUAUUAUUGCCACAUAUGAGAAGCACCAUUUAUGAAGAUUUUCUUUAUAAUGUUAAAAAGACAUGUAAAACCUUCAAAAUGUUAACUAAUUGUAUUAGCUUCAUUUGGUUGCUGUAAUAAAUUACUACAAACAUGGUGGCCUAACACAACAUAAAUUAAUUCUCUCAUAGUUCUGGAGGCCAGAAAUUAGAACUCAAAGUAUCAGCAGGGUCAUGUUCCCUCCAGACUCUUCUCUUCAAAGAAGAUAAUUCUUCCUUGCCUCUUUCAGCCUCUGGUAGCUUUGGCAUACCUUGGUUUAUGGCCACAUGUCUCUGUGUCUCUCUUCUUUUCUUUUCUUUUUUUUUUUUUUAAUUUGCCAGAGGACGCAUGCACUCA